CCAGGAAUUGAGUCAGUCCACGUUUCGAUGCUCAAUUGUGAAUCAGCGAAGAUUUUGCCGUCAAAGUUAUCUAAAUACUGAGUCAGUUUUGCCGAUCCGUGAUACAGAUAUUGUAGCCGAACAUCUAUAGAGCACUCGUAACUGCUAGGAACGUUCGUGAGUCAACCGGUUUCCCGAAAAUUUGUGAUAGACUUUCACAGACACUCCCUGCCAGGAAAAUGGAGACCACAAUGUACGACGAUAUGGCCAGAAGUGGCAACAACCAUGGUUCUCUCAAGGACUUAAAACGAAGCAUGACUCUCGAUUUUAACACGGCUGGAGGCUCCUUUAAAGCCAAGAAAGCUAAACUUGGCACCCCAGCUGGACUUUUGGGGUCCCCGGAUCUAAAUAUGCUGAAACUUGCAUCUCCGGAACUCGAACGAAUGAUCAUCCAGCAAAAUGGGAUGGUGACCACCACUCCGACACCAACUCAGUUCCUCUGUCCAAAGUUUGUGACCGAGGAACAGGAAGCCUAUGCACGCGGGUUCGUUGACGCCUUGGAAGAACUGCACAAAAAGGAGGAUCCAGCGAUCCAGACCGUUACGACAUCUGAUGGGAAUACGUUGGCCCUUUUGCAAAAUUCCAAUAGCCACACCUAUGCACAGGUCCAGCCUCAUCCACAUUACCAGAACGUUAUGUCAUCUACUGCAACAACGUCCAUGAGCAAUGCUCUGCCGCAGUCCUUCUCGCAUACGAUUCCAACGCAAGUGAAUAAUAACGUCAUGCUUCCACGCAUCAAGGAGGAACCUCAAACUGUCCCAAGCAUCAGCAACAGCCCGCCUCUCUCUCCCAUCAACAUGGAGAGACAGGAAAGCAUCAAACUGGAACGUAAACGUGCCAGGAACAGGAUUGCUGCCCGUAAAUGCCGACACAGGAAACUCGAACGUAUAUCACGACUUGAGGAUAAAAUAGAUGGACUUAAAAAUCAGAACUCUCAACUUUCUGAUACCGCCACUCAGCUUCGUGACCAAGUUUGCCGUUUAAAGCAGCAGAUUUUGCAGCAUGUGAAAAGUGGCUGCCAAGUUAUGAUGUCGCAGAAUCUCACUUUCUAAACAAGGGACUUGACUGUCUUUGUGUUUCGUGAAAUCUGUGGUAUUGUUUUUCACAGUGCCAAGUCUUAGGAAGUAUGGCUUCUUCUUAAGCAAUGCCAAAGUGUGCCCAGAACCACUCAAAGUUGGUUUGGACUAUGCCCCUGGUUUUGAUGGUGAACUGUUCUGAAAGACAGUUUAAAGAUUUGUAUAAACCAGGCUGCAGUCAUGAUCAAGUGCCAAAGUUGGACUAAAAGACAGAGAGAGAGUGUUCAUUCAGACGCUUGGAUUACUAACUGAAUGGAUGCAAUUAUGCCCAUUGACAUUCCUAGCUGAUUUUGCUGAAGUUUUUCAUUCACAGAAUGCCGGACAUUUGGUUUUUUUUAAAUGGGACGUUUUUUGCAAAUUUUCUACUAAGAUUUUUGAUUUGGCGCUGCAGAGCAGCCCAUCACUUCCUAAUGCAAAUGAGUUCUCUAUUUUGCUGAAACAAUGUCAGAAGGCUCAAAUUGUGUUUUUUUAAAUCAAAGAUGUUGUAAGUUUCUAAUGUUAAGCAUUGUGAAGUGAAUUACCCAAGUACUAUUGCAUGUUUUUUUGGAAAUUAAGUGGGUUGUACUGUUAGAACUAGUGUUUGUCACUGUGAGGUAAAUUUGGACAAAGCCAAGGAAAGCGAACCAUGGCCACUGCCGUUAAGAUGUAGUUCUUUCAUUCUCUCAUUACUCAUUAAGCUACCAUCAAGGAUAGAUUGCAAGUCUAUCAUUCAUUCCUUGCGACCAUUAAAUAAGCAAAGGCAGGCCUAUUGCUCAGUGUUUUACACUACACAAUAUAUCAUAGCACAAAAAUCAUCUAUCAAUCAUGCCUUUCAUCAAAAUGUGCAUUUGAGUUGUCAUUGUUAAUGUCGGAUUUAGUUUAUUUUAUUUUGUACAUAGUUGUAAAUUUCUGUUCAUCAGAUCAUGUCAUUGUUUGGUGCUUCAUAGUUUAGGAGAACAUUUCCUAUAACGUCAUUAAUUUUGUAAAUAAUCGUGAGCUCACUAUUAUUCACCAUGUUUUUUAUAAGGUAUUUAUUACUUUUGCAAUUAAAAGUGGAGUCUGUUGUA